AUGGCCAUUAGUGUUCUGCCCGUCAAUGCCGGUGCAUCCGCAUCGCUCGAUCGUGCUGACGAUCGCGUCGAGGAUGUGUCCCGCUUCGAGCUGCUCGUUAAGGCCCUCAAGCAGGCGCUGGGGCCCUCGUCUGGCCUGACGUCUGACGACGUCGACGUCAACCACCUUAGACGCCUCAUGGAGGAGUACGAUGCCAGCGACGAAGGCUGGAUGCCGUACAACUUUGGCGACGCCAGCCGCGGCUACACCCGUAACCUGGUUGACGAGGGCAACGGCAAGAGCAAUCUGCUCGUGCUGGUCUGGUCCCCGGGCAAGGGCAGCCCCAUCCACGACCACGGCAACGCCCACUGCCUCAUGAAGAUCCUGCGCGGUGACCUGACCGAGACGCGCUAUGCGUUCCCAGAGGACAACGCGGCCGGUACCAGCGAGCCCAAGCCGAUGACUGUCACGUCCGAGAAGACGUACCACGAGAACGCCGUCGCCUACAUGGCCGACGAGCUGGGCGUCCACAAGAUCUGGAACAAGGGCAGCGACUUUGCUGUGUCCUUGCACUUGUACACGCCUCCCAACGUGGCCAAAGGCGGCUGCAACGUCUUCAACGAGAAGACGGGCAAAUGCUCACACGUCAGCAAAUGCGGCUACUACAGCGCAUAUGGCAAGCUGCUCAAGGACUCUGACUCUUGA